AUGACACAAAAGACACAAAAGACACAAACUAUCUACUGUCUGUAUCUUUGUGUCACACCCAUCAAACAACUCCAACUGACUUUGCCUAGAACAGAUUAUACUGCCUAUGAGCCCAGAGGACCUCAAUCAAACCCAUCCUCGCUCCCUAAAACUACCCGAUGGGAAGCCGUCCUGCGCGCUUUCGGGCUUGGCAUCAUCUACACCACCAUUAAAGGGCAGAAAGAAGAAUACCCCAAGGUUGCGGUCUGGAGAAGCCGCUCGGUCGCCCUAUCUAAGCUUUUCAUUCAUUUUAUCCCAUUCAGUGCAGUUAUCUUUCUAGUAUGGAUAAAUAUAUACGGAUACUGGCUCGGAAGCGAAGUCCCGGGGAUCGAGGGCUACAACAGCGCGAAGCUAGGCGCACUGCAGUUUGCGACAAAGCUCCACGAGAUUACGAUGCUCGCAUCACUUUCCUUGAUUAUCUUCACGUUCGUCCAGCGCCGAAUAGUAGCCGAACAAAUAGCCUUUGGGGCUAUCUUUGCAGGCUUGCAGUUUAGCAAUGUCAACUAUCUCUGGUCCAAAGAGCUGUGGGGAAUGAUUGGUUCGGAAUGGAGGAGACCACAUGGGAAGCUUUUCAUUUUGGUCCUUAUACUAGCAACCUGGCUGGCGCCUAUUGUCGGACCCUCGUCGGGUGUAUUGAUGGUGCCCAAGGUCGACGACUGGCAGGCCGGUGGGACAGACUUCUGGCUCAAUACUACUCAGGAUAAGCUCUGGCCGUCCGAGGUCACCGAUCAUGGAGUUGAUCGUGGUUGCCUGCUUGACAAAGGUCAAUUCGACUGUCCAUUCUCUGGGUGGAAGGCGUUUCAGGCCGGGGUCUUUCCCAUGUUCCAUCAUUUGACCCUACCGGAUGACCCGUACGCCUGGGUCGAGUUCCCGUCAAGUACGCGCGUGAUUGGGAAAUAUGGAUUUCGCUCGAUGAAUAUCUUUAGCUCGGUCUCCUACCCAUUGACAGUUACUAGCAGCUUGACAUCGGCACUGGCGGAUGCGCUGUCAGUAGCAGGGACAUUCUGGGCUGAGAUACCUGUAUGUCCUCCUAUACGCCAGCAUUUCAAUUGGGCAACGAGUGCGGUUUGGAGAAUCCCGAAGUUACGGCAACCAGUUACCACGGUUGCCUGUCGCAUACGGAGUCUCUCGAUAAGAGAAAGGGAUCCGAUCUACUUUCCAAUGCUUGAGCACUCCCCAAGCGAUGUACCAGUGCCUCUCCCUGAAUGCUUUAAUGUGUCCAACUCAAAAUCGCUAGCUCGCGCCAUCGGGAACGCUAGUAAUACCCACCCGGACAUUCUUUGGAUUCCACUCGCCGACCAUGAGCUUGGAAAUCAUUCUCUUGGUGCCAUUGUCACAAUUCCACCGAGUCCGACAAGAAAUGGCACCCUCCUAAGCUGCACAAUAGACGCUCAUUGGGUCGAUGGGGAUUACGAAAUAAAUCAUCGCCAGUAUCAUGACCAGGCAUGGGCCGCAGAAACUUAUCUCAACGGCACUACAGACACGUCGAACAGAAUUAUAGCGCUGCCUCGUAUUCAUCUUUCGCCUCGAUGGGCAAAUUAUCUAAACCCACGAAUAUCGAACACAAAUCAAAGUGUUAUCGAGACUCUCAUCUCAACCGCGGGGUUCUGGCCCAUGGAACCCCCGAGCAAGCGCGCUCGGGAUCUCACUUCCGCUGUGGAGCUUAGUCUCUCCAUGAUGGUGAGCAAUGGCUUAUCAAAUCUGAACCCUAACGUUGAGAUUCAGGGCCGUCGGCCUGCUCCCAGGGGGUGUGAUCCUACGUGGGUUGAGGCCCUGAUGCCCCAGAAGCAAGCUAAGGGGCGAGGCGAACUUGGCCCCGGAGGCAUGCUCUGGGACAUGUCCGGAAUUGACACGACCAACAAGACCAAGUUCACAAUGUCUGUGACCGCGAACGGCUACGCAUACUCUCUGGGCGGAGCCACCUCCAUCGCCGCGAUUAUAGUACUACUCAUAUACUGUCUACUAGUUGUUGCCCACACCGUCUACGUCUGCUUUAACUCUCGCAGCUCAUCCAGCUGGGAUUCAAUCUCGGAAAUUGUAGCACUAGCAUUGCAAUCUAAAGAAACUGAGUAUUUGCGCAAUACUGGCCCUGGUAUCUCGACGAAGGAGAUUUUCCGUUCGCCAGUGCAGAUCCGCGAUGUUGGACAGCGGGUCGAGUUGACUUUUCUUGACACGCGUGAUGGAAGUGAAAUGAUUCAGGAGAAUAAGGAGUACGGUUAA